AUGACUCAUCCUAAGCAGUCCAUCCGCCCAGUCUCGAGCCUCGACCUCCCAUUGCUCUCCGACCUCGUUCACACCGGCAAACUCGCUCUCCCCAUCAACCGGCUCCUGUUCAAGGACUGGCUCAAUGAUGCCGCCCAGAAACCGCUCUAUGCAGCUGCCGCCGAAGCAGCAUUCAAAGAUGAACAGCUCGAAUGUCUGAAAGCGGUUGACGAGGGAUCUGGAGACAUUCUCGGACAUCUUUCCUUGACCAGGAAACGCCCUGACUCGGAAUUCAAGGAGGGCCAACCGACCCCUGACGAAGAAGCUGAGCUUGGAAAGCAGCAGCAGGAUAUACCCGAAUUUUUCAACCCCGACGUUCUCUCGGCAGUUUCGAACGCGGUGGCUGAGAUUCCCGAGCAGUUGGAAGGACUCGAUCAUUUCGAGCCCACGUAUAUCAAGCCUCCGAACCGUCGACGAGGGAUAGGAUCGCAAUUGGUCCAUGUCCGCCUCGAGAGGGCAAAGGCCAAGGGCAUACCACUUGUGGUCUGCUCUGAACCCGCAGCAGCACGACUUUUUCCUUGA